AUGUCAACCGACAAAGGCAUUCCGGGCUCGACCGGACACAACGGCGAUGCUGCCAGUUCCAUCAAGGCCGAGGAGGUCGUCUGCAUCGUGAAGCGGCCGGAUGUACCAGGUGAAUACGAGGUAUUCAGCCUGGAAGUAAGCGAAGACCAAGCAGCGCCCUUCAAGCUAUCGCAAUCCUACGCCACAGACCUGCCUCGAUCUCUUCUUGACGCAUUCUUGGUCCAUGGACUGCCGGAGUAUCUGCAGAGCAGCCUGUCACGGCGCGUUCACGUCCUGGUGUCGACGCGCGCGGGGACUGGUCUCGCUUCGAAGUUUUACGAGUCUGUUCUUCGGCCUCUGCUCGGGUCGCUGGGCCUGUCGGCGCAGGACGGCUCUGCCUCGUCGGAGCCGGAGGCAGGUUCGCCGAACCCGGGCUGCUACAAUCUUGUCAGGACCCAAGAUGCGGAGAGCGUGCGUGGGUUUGCUCGGAAGCUCAGUGACGGCUCAACUGAUGGCGGCGAGGGUACGACAAAGCAUACGGUUGUGCUUCUUAGUGGUGAUGGCGGGAUCGUCGAGAUGCUGAAUGGCAAGGCACCGGUGGAUGACGCCGCGGCAGAGACGCCUCUGCCCCUGAUUGCGAUGCUACCCCUGGGUACCGGGAACGCGCUCUUCAACUCGCUACACAAGACGGUAGAGACGCCAGUCGGGUCUGCGGCGCCAACCGUCCUCGUACAGGCACUGCGCACAUUACUAAAGGGCAAAGCGGCCCCAUUGCCUUCAUUCAAAGCCACAUUCCCCGAUGGGUCUCGCACCAUCACCUACAAAGAAACCAACGCCGCAAGUUCCGAUGCCGCAACAGGCGUCGAAGAACAGACUGAUUCCGUGUCGCAUCUCUACGGCGCAAUCGUCGCAAGCUACGGCUUCCACAGCCAGCUCGUCUGGGAGAGCGACACGCCCGAGUACCGCAAGCACGGCGACAAGCGCUUCGGCAUGGUCGCGCAGGAGCUGCUGAAGGAGAGCCACGCCUACCGGGCUACGGUCGAGAUCUGCUCUAACAAUGACGGGUCGAGUCCCCGCAAGCUGGACAGAGAACAGCACGCCUACAUCCUCGCGACGAUGGUGUCGAACCUAGAGAAGACGUUCUGCAUCUCGCCGGCCAGCAGGCCCCUAGACGGCCGGCUGAGGCUCGUGCAUUUCGGCCCGGUGGGCGGCGAGCGCACUAUGGAUAUCAUGAUGCGGGCGUACGACGAUGGGAAGCACGUCGACAUGAGCUGGACUGGCGUGGACAGUGCGGAGGAGAGGGUGGGCUAUGAUGAGGUUACGGAGGUCAGGAUCACUACUCUGGAAGAGGAUGCGAGGUGGAGGAAGUACACCCGGAGGGAGACCUGGGCAAACGAUAGAAGGGACGCCCUAGCCGCCGACCUCGUCCUCCGCGUCGCCUUCGCCGGCGCCAAGUACCGGCACGCGAGCGCCCGCGCCUGCGUGGGGGACAACACCUGCGACCUCUGCGCGGCGCUGCAGGCGAUCCAGCUCGAGACGUGGGACCCGCCGCACGAGUUCGCGCAGAACGCGGGCGACCAGAUCGUGGCGAUCCCGGCCGGCGCGCUGCUGAAGCACGGCCUGAAGCUGCGGCGGUGGGACCUCGAGUGCUAG